AUGGCAGCGGAGAAUCCUGACAUUAAACUUUUAGAUUAAUAUUCAAAUCCAUCAAAUCCCUUAGCUCAUUAUGAAGGAAGAGCAGAAGAAAUUCUCUGGGCAUGUGACAAUAAAUUAGAUGCAAUUGUAAUGACUACUGGCACAGGAGGAACAGUCACUGGAAUAAGUAGAAAAAUUCAUGAAAGAGUACCUGGAUGUCGAGCUAUUGCUGUUGAUCCUUAUGGAUCAGAUUUGGCAUUGCUUCCAUAGGUCAAUAAGACAGACAUCAAAUCUUAUAAGGUUGAUUUCAUACCGAAAGCUCUAGAUAGAAUAUUACUUUAAUUUUAUAUUUCUAAGACUUAAGUUGAUUGUUGGAUUAAGUCAAAUGACAAAGAUAGUUUAAGCAUGGCUCUUAAAUUGAUGGCUUAAGAAGGUCUUCUUUGUGGUGGUUCUUCAGGUGCUAACGUUUGGGGAGCUCUUGAAUGGGCUAGAUCACAAAUUUAACAGAAUGAUAGAGAAUUGUCAUUAUUUUACCAGAUAAUAUCAGAAAUUACAUGA